CGUCACACGUUUGGUUACAAGGCAACAUUCAGGAACUCACUGCUUCUUGCCCCUGAAACAUGCGAUCCGCCUGUAGGUGUCAACUUGCAUUGACUGUCAUCUACAUUGUUGUGCUGACGGUUGCCCUAGUCUACAGCAAGUGUCCAACAUUCUGGGAGGCUCUAGACGACAAGUGCUACCUGUACAUUAACCGUCAAGUUUCUUGGUUCAGUGCUUAUCAAACCUGCAGACAUCGGAAUGGCGCUCUUGCCUCAAUAACUUCCAAACAAGAGAAUGAUUUUGUCAGAAACCUACUCGAACUUAACCAAGUUGAGUGGGCGUGGCUGGGGAUCCACGACAUUGCCAAGACUGGAGUGUGGCUGUUAGUGUCGACCAGCCUGCCAGUAGUCUACACCAACUGGGCCCCAGGAGAGCCCUACGACAACACCGGGGAGAACUACUGCGGACUACUCAGCAGGGCCGGCAUCUGGGAGGCCUACACGUGCAGGACACUCAACUUCACCUUCGUCUGCGAGCGGCAGGUGACAGAACAGUUUUGAUAACAAAAUGUCCAGACAAACACAGAACUCGACAGGAAGGUCUUGACGAGAAAAGCUAACCCGAAACGUUGAGAGAAAGAAAUAAAAACAUCAAAU